UUUCUGGUGGUUCAGUGAGCAGAGUGUGACAGUUGGUAACAAUAAGAAGCUCAGUCAGUCAAAAAGGUAAAUAUUUGAUUUGGAGUGAGACUAAAAUAAGGCAGGAGAGAAAAAAAGUUAAAGUAUUCAGACUUGGUCCAACUGAGAGCCUCUCUGUCUGCAGGUCAAUCAUCUGUUCAUCUGACUUCUAUCCAUCCUUUUAUUGUCUCGGGUCACACGGUCUCAGCUCGCUGAACCAGACCUCCCUCUUUCCAGAAAUAUCCUGUCCUGUUCCUCCUGUGGGAUCCUGGGUCAAACGCCAACUGUGGGCCUCCUCCUCACCAGCUGCCCCAAGAACACCUCCACAGGGAGGCGCCCAGGAGUCGUCCUUAUCAUUGACCCAAACCACCUCAGCGGACUCCUUCAGUGUGAAGAGAGCAGUGGUCCUACUCCCAGGAGUCUCCACCUUCUUAUGAUGGAGGGGUUGGUGCGUCCUUGUGAGGGGCCUAACCUCCUGGUAGGGACCCCAGACUAAUUGGUCCCAAGGGAGGGUCCGGACUGAGGCAAUUCAUGGCCCUCCAACACGCUGCAGAGUGGAGCUAAAUCAUCACCUUUCAGACUGAAACCUCAACAAAUCCACCAACAGGUGAGCUCAGGUGUUGGAUCAGACCACACAGGUGACCAUGAUACUGACUCUGCCCCCUGUAGCUGAACAGUCUGAGGUCUGAGUCCGAGCCGAGCAUUAGGACUAAUGUGGUAAUUUGACAGAGAGCAACUGAGCGUUCCACUGAGCGCCGGGUUAAUGUGGUGUCCACUUUCAUUUCCUGGUUAUUAGUGUUGAGUGAUUACGACAGCUUUUCUGGGAGUUAAAUUCCCACUGCUGUUUGUUCUCGGCUGCUGUGAGAAAAAUCCUUCACUGAGAGAGAGUUCCUGCCUUAUCCUUUGUGUCAUUAAAGCUUUAUCCUCAUUUUCCUCUUCCUCUCUUUUCUUAUCUUCGCCGCUUUCAUCCGAAACUCUGGAGUAUACACACAUGGUGAGCGAGGCAGGAUUUAAAGGGGGUAAAUUAGCAGUUUUGAGGACACAGACAUUUCACAUUUUGAGUAAAAGUUACCGGUAAGCCGCGCUCAGGGUUCCCACCCAUAGAUUUCCAGUUUUCAGUGACCUCUUGACCUUUUCUCUGAGUCACACUAUGAAGUUUUAAUCCUUUAUUUUGAGGUAAUCCUGCAAAGAGUUUGAGAUGCAAAGGUUUGCAGCUUCAUUUACAUGUUUUUAAAAAUUGUAUUUUUGAUGCACAUCCAGAAUAAAACUGAAAAAGAAGUUGAAAUUUACAGAAAAAAAGAUGGUAUUUAAUUUCAUGAGAAAGAGUUUUAAUUUUUAUGACAAUAUCAACAAAUGGAGGUUUGAAGCGUAUCUGAGGUAAUACUCCUCUUGUCCAGUAGGUGGCACUAUAACUAUUCUAAAAGUGUAGAUGUAAAUGAGUCCAGGCUGGUACCAGAAUGAAACUUGUGAAAUCUGAAGCUGAUUGGACAAAGUAUGUGAUCGAAAAUACCCUGUAUUUCCACAGGGUGGCGCUGUGACCGUAGUAAUAAAAAGGGCACUUUGAUAUUUUAUGUACAUGAUCAAGCCCCGCCCCUAAACACAUCAAACUGAUUAAACAUUUAAAAAACUUUCUGUUUCGUGGUGAGAUGCCUAAGUUUGAUGAUGCCGCACACUUUGACGUCGACGGUGGACUUCCUGUUGGGUUUAGAGUCCGCAGUAUGACUGCGAGGGAUUUCUUUUGAAGGCCUUACCCCCAAUUUCUACCGCAUCCAGAACGUCUACGAAAAGGCUGUAUCCUCCGAUCGUAGCUGAUCGAAACCAUUCAAGUUAACGUGUCAAUUUUUCAUCGGCUUCUUUCCGUUCCUUAGACUGUAAAUAGAUUGUACGACGCUUUUCUCGUUGCUGGGUGAAGCCACUGCAAGAACAGCACCCUCUGCUGACGGGCUGCAGUAUAGGUCAUAAAUCCCGCCUCCUCAAGAUCCAUUUUUAAAAGUUAUUAGGGGGUUCUUGUUUUCUUUGAUUGACACUUGAUACAGCCUAUGGGCGUACGAAGAUUGCGUAGCUCACCCGGGGGAAACACUGUUUGAGCCGAGCGUCAUCACACCGACUCUCCUGCUGAAUGUGUACAACGCUACUGUGCAAGUGGUGGAUCCAGAAAGUGGAGAAAAUCACAGAAAUAUGGAGAGAAAUUCGGCUUCAAAUUUGUAUAAUGACGGGAGGCGGAGCCAAGUUGUCCAUAGUAUAUACAGUUUAUGGUUGAACCGGGUGGGGAGGAUUAAAAUGAAGAUGGUGCUGUGGAGCAGUUACUCAGAAUUGUUUCUGAAAACUGAUGAACUUUUGUUUUGUCAGGGCUGAUAAGUGUGGAAAAAAAAUGAGUUUUUGGGUGUUUUAAGGCCUCAGAUUUUGGGCAAGAAAGGAAGAAUUUCAAAUAUUAAACUGGCGUCGUCCUGGUUGCGUCUUUGUUAAUAACACGCAUCAGGAAACGUUCAUUAACAAAAAAGAGACAGACGUACGGAGGCAGAGAGGAUCGACUCAAACCAAGACUUUAUUCAGAGCAUAAAAAUAAUAACUGUACCAACCGAAAUCUACUGAUGCCACUUCACAUUUAUUAUCCAGUCCUGACUUUGAAAACUUUCCCUAGCAGCAGCCACCAUCUUACUAUAGAGGGAAAAAUAUACUCCGACAUUAGUGUGCAGCUUGUCAUGCUUCAUAUUCUCGCUGCUGUCAGGCUCUCUGAAGCUCUCAGAGUGAUAUUUUCUGUCAUCUUCAUGACAGGCUCUGAUUCUUGGCUGCCUGACAGAUGUUUCUCCCUCUGUUUCUUUUCUUCUGUAUCUUGUCGGGAGACACUUGACCCCUUUUACACUGGAGGAAUUUAUUUUCUCUCUGGCAGCACAGCGUGUUCGGAGCUGUCAGAGAGUCCUGCAGGUUAAACUGGGCCAACUGAACAAUUUUAAGGUCUACUAACUGUAGAAGACGAUAAACACACAAACCUGCAGGCCCAGCAGUAUUUGACAUGACAACCCAUGAUGCAACACUCCACGAGGGAGCCAUCGUGCAGCUGAUAGGCUUGUCUGUCUGUCUAAAACUGAAGGAUGAGGAGCACAAGAGGGGUCUAAUUAAAAAGCUGUAAUGAUGAUCGAUUAAUCGCGAUUAAACACGAUUAAUCGAUAUUUUGAAGUUAAUCAUUUGACGGCCCUUAAACACCGUUACUCUUUACACAUGAGGCGAGACGGAUUUGUUUCUGUCAAACUCGGGUUCAGGGACAGGAAGGAUUUCCGGUGACUUUCCCAUCUCAGAGUUGUUGCCAAUCUAAAAGCUUUUAACCCCGAAGAUCGUGAAGAGUGCAGAUUUAUCCGACAGUUUCGGUGUGUGAAUUGAAAGUGGGAAGAUUUAUCAGUCACUGAAUCUCUGCCAUUCCCCUUUUUUAAUUUCUGCUCCGUCUCUAAGAGCCCAUCACUUGUUUCUGUGGACUGUGUUGGUUCUGAUCCAAUAUCCACUGGGUUCAGGUCACUUUGCUGCCCGAGCAGAUGGCUGCAGACUCCAGCAUCUUGGACAGCAGCAGGGUUGUCAGAGAGCCAAGGCACACGGAGCCAAAGGGUGAUUUCUUUUUUUCUCCAAACCUCACUGGGUCAAAAUCUAUGACUGCAGCAAAAAAAGAUUCGUUUAUGUGUUUUACACAUGUGGGUUAAACUGCAAGAGUCAAAGCAUUUCUCUAACCGACACAAACCUGCAGUAAAGUUCCUUCUAACCAACAUGUCAGUUAAAGCUUCCUGAGCGUCUGAUGUCGUUUCCUGCUUUAUUAGGUAUUCACAUUGCUAACACGGGGUUUCCACCGCAUCCGUUCCAGCUCCGAUCCGGAAUGGCUGCAAUUUUCGCCGUACGCAAAUUCCUAUCAGAUCCGUUCGUGACAAAUAGGUUUCCAUUCUGAACAAUACAGUAAAACAUACAGAACGCGUAUCAGCUCUGUCGCAGCAUCGUAUCCAGAGCGGCUCUGCUAAAGAUACGCAGCGAUUCUAUUUCUGUUGCUCUACGUUUCCAAUGUGCAUCAAACCACACAGAGAAGAGCGUUCCAGGCAGGAAGUCAAGCACAAAAACUGCGCAUGUCAUCUGGUAUUUCAAAAUAAAACACCAUAUGUGAACUCCCGACUGUGUAUCAGUUGGUGUAGAUGAGAAAUCCUCCCUGGUUCUGGAUUUAUCAGUAACACAGAACAAUCCGAAUGUCAAUCCCUGAUCCAUGUGGACCCAACAGGACUUUGACCUGCUAACUCUGUCUGAAGGAAACAGCAUAAAGGAACAGAGUUUACUUUAUUAAACACCAGGAAACCUGCAAAAACACAAACUGGAAAAUCACUUUUUCACAGACAGUAGAGGCUCAACAGUCACUGAAUUAUAUCCAAAUUAUCAGGAAAUUGACCACAGAAAGGAAAAACAAACUGCUGUGAGCAUGUUGUUUCCUCUAUACUGAGACCAGCAGACCAGGGCUGCACUGCACUGCUGCUACGCUCCAAAUAUGCUGAUCCUGUAUGCGAUACCCAACACUGCUCUACGGAGCAAAUACGGAACAACACGCUCAAUACUGAUCCUGUAUGUUUUCAUCUUUACUCGUCUCAAUGAUCAUUUUAUGUAACAGAGUUUUCUACAGACUCAAAAAGCGUCAUCUUUGUUUGGUUUAAAAUGAGCACAACUUCUUUAGCCUGGUAUCACCCCCGUGUCCUCCAGUAUCGGGUUGAGGUGUUAAACGUAAUGACAGCUCCAUGCCACACUUCCCAAAGUUUAAAACAAGUUCAAUCAGACUGUUCCCAUUUCAGCGUCAAACUUCAAACUCCUUCUGGGCCAAUUAUCACACCACCACUGUAACAACAGCUUAUCAAACUCUCGGAAACGACCUGUGGUUCCGGUACGCAUCAGGUUUUCCCGCCGGCCUCCCUCUCUCCAAACAAACAGCAUCAGCAGCUGUCAGUCAUCCUCUCUCUCUCUCCUGACCUCAGCCUUCAGUCUCCUCCAUCCUUUCCUGACUUUAGCUAUCAGGACCUGACAUGCCCUCUGAUUUCUCCUCCUCUUUGUCUGCUGCCACCUGUGAGCAGCCCAUUUAAAUUUAAAAGGGCCCACAGGACUCUCCCUCUCUCUGCCUAUCUGUGCAGAGCUCCCUGCUGCCCUGACCUGGAUAAUAUGUGGCUCUUUUAAUAACUGCUAAUGAAACUUACCACCUCUGCACUUAGCGCUGCCGUCUCACUUAUUCCCCUUCACUUCCCUCAUUUUUAAUUCCUUUAUCUAUUUCAAUUUAUUCCUCUCUUUUUCUCUUUUUCCCCCGUCCGUCUCUCGGAGGAGUCUGGAGGGAUAAUGUGGAUGGUAAUUUUCUUCCUCUUGGGCCGGUCGGACCGUCCGUCCACCUGACAGACUGACACACUCGCUCUAUCGUUUUCUUCCCUCACUGAAUGACGGGAUGGUUAACACCUAGAUGUCUCUCCUUUUAUUCUUCUGAACGAUGGACCUGCUGUUAAAGGUUGACCCGGCUGAAUUUGGAGCAGCCAGACCAGACCUUCUUGUGUCCACUAUUCUAUAGGAUAGGAUAUCUGGAGAAGGCUUUGGUUUAAAAAUAAAAUCCUUUCUAUCGUUAACAGGAGCUUAUAAAGGUCUGUUAGGUUUGAGAGAUUCUCUAAACCACACGGAAACAUGUACAAAAGGCUCCAGAGUAGGUGGGAUUUCUUUAAAAAGUUAUAAAAACAGCCGGUGUUACAGCAGGAACAUGACACCUAAAUUUAAAUCUGUAAUCCCUCUAGUGCAGCACUUAAACUACCACAGAUAAUAACUUAAGAUUUCAGGUUUUAUUCUUACCAUGACAGCUCAACUCCUCCUCUUUAAUCCCUUCUGCUCAACUCCGCUCCUCUAAUUUCAGCAUCUUUUAUUUCUGACUCUAUAUUUGCCCCUUUUAUCUCUUUCCUGCUCCUCCAACUUUUAAUACUCCAGCAGCUGCUUCUUCUUCUUCUUCUUCAUACAAAGUUAAGCCAACAAUGCAGUUUAGCUCCCAGCUGUGCAUCAAGCUAUAUGGGUCAGUGUCAGCUUUUCAGAAGCCGGUGAUAUCCCCCAAACUCUGCAGAAAAUAGCAUCCUCUGUGUUUUAUUUCAGACUUUUCCUUCUGCACCUCGUGAGUCAGGUUGUGUGCUGCAUCAAUAUUUACCGCUCUACUCUUUAUUUCUUUAUUCCCAAUGCUUUGAAGGUGUCUGAAUCAUAUGAAAGUAUCUCAAUGGUUUCAGCACGAAAACUCUGCAACAGCUUUGCAAACUAAAUAGAUAAACACUUGCGCCACAGCAUUUAUCUUCAGGUAAGCACAUAGACUAGUGUUGGGCGGUAUAACGGUGUAUACCAUGUGACAGUAUAAAAGUGUCUACCGGUAUGUGUAGUUGUCUGCGCUCCCUAAUAGAAAAGCCGGAGCACAUCCAUUUGGGUGCGUUUCUGUAUAUUCACCAGCGUGUCGUGCAGAGUUUGUUCACUCCGUUUGAUUGGUCAGGUUUGGGUGCGCUCCCUAUAAUCACCAGCGUGUCCAGCAGACUGCUUGGCAUAGUUCAGUCAGGAUCACUUUAGUCAAAAUUAAUUAUUUAUUACAAGCAAGCAUUUUUUACAUUGGCGGCACGGCUCUGUUCUGAGGGUUCCCUGCCCUUCCAUGUGCUUGCAUGGAACACCACGGCUUUAAGAGUGGAGAGCUCCUCCCCUCCCUUUCAUGUGCGUACAUGAAAAACCAAGGCAGAGAGAGCAGCAGCAAAUAAAUACGAUUAAGAUAAAUAAAUUAAAAUCCCCCCACAGAACAGAGCAAGCAUCAGUGACAUUACAUAUGACACUGGUAAGAUCAGACACAACAUGAACAGGAGGAGCUGGGGUGGAGGUGGGUUGCAGAGUGGUUGCAGCAGGCAGAGUAGGCAGGAGAAGCAGUUUAAAUAGAGCGCCAUUUUGACAUUAGCCAAUAGGAUGUGUAGAGGGCGAUCACCUGAGCUGUCAGCUGACUGUAGCCUUUAGCUUGACUCCGUGACCUGCCUGAACUACCGCUAUGCCUCAUUUUUGACGAAGAAGAAACAGCUUCACUGGUGGUGGUCAUGGCGGACGCGGAUAUUAGUGGAGUACCAAGCAAGCGGAGGCAGCCUGAUCCACCUGACACGAGGACACGAGUCGCGACAUUGGUUGUCUGAAGAAUCCUUGGAUUUAGAAAAUCCGACAAUGAUCAAAAACAAAAAUAUGCAAGAGUGUUGUGCGUCUGUCGUUGCUGGAGGAGGAAGCGCCAACAACCUCUUCCACCACCUAAAGAUGAAACACACUGAACUCUAUUAUGAGAGCCUAAAGAUGAGUGACGCACCUGCUGCACCAAAAACUAAAACUGGAGCAGCUCCUCUCUUACAACAGAGCUUGGCAGAGUUGCCAAAGGUACGCCAUAUGAUAAAAAAUUUCGCAGACUGGUCCGACAUUUUGUUUGAAUUUGUAUAAAAGUCAGAGGAAAAUGAACAAAUGCGACAGUUCAGUUAUUUUUAAGACAUUAAUUGAAUUUACAGGAGGAAAAAAAACAUACCGUGAUACAUACCGUCACCGUGAUAUCAAUUUACUCAUACCAUGAUAGAAGAUUUUGUUCAUACCGCCCAACAUUAACAUAGACUCCUCCUAUCAGCUCAGUUUGCAUCUGAUCUAAUUGAAAAAUAAAGGAUGCUGGAUGAACACAUCUGCUAAGUAACGUAAAAAGAAAAAAUCUUUAGUAUUUGCAUCUCAAAAAGGAAAAAAAGGAAAGCUGAAAAAGUCUCCGAUAAAAUUAGAUCACUCACUCCAGUAACAGCCUUGGUUCUGUUUUUGGUUUCCAAGGUUACCGGCAGAAUAAGGAGGGUUGUAUCGGCUGUGUUUUUGUUUGUUUUAUUCCUCUGCCCUCCUCUGUCUCCUUUCAGAGGGAUCAUGCAUAUUUCAUAGAUAUAUGCCUCUUUUAGCAGGAAAUUAUAUUUGGAAAAUGAAUAAACAAAAGGGAUUUGAUUAUCCGAACUGAACUCCCAGGCACAGCUCUAAACUUUAGAUCCAGAGACCACACGCCUGCCUGCGGGGGAGUGAACUGAUGUCUGUGACACGCUGUCCUUGUCAUUUAAUAACAAGGCGAGUCGAGUUUGUUGUGAAUACAGAAAAUAUUGAAUUGAUGACACUUUGCUCUGCCUUUCUCCACGGUUGUUAAAAUGAACCCUCCGUAUUUGGACUCAGAUCAGCUGCUGCAAACUGCUGCUGCUUUUCUGCUAACAGGUAGAAAAAGUAUAACCCCAAUUUAAACCUCUCUGCGUUGGUUAUUAAAGGGAUAUUUCCGUGUUUUUGAAGUGGGCUACAGCUUUCUGCAGAUGAGCUGACACAUGAGCCGGAAGUGUUUCAGUGAUCCAUCAAGUGAGGUGAAUAAAUGUUGGUUCAGCUGAUCUUCAGGACAGCUGUAGCUUUAAUAACCUCUACUUGUUGGAGUUUGACAGUCUAAAGUUCACAACGCCGUUUAUAAAAAAUCUUGAUAACCUCUCCCAGAUCUGAUCAGGUCCAAAGUCUGAAGAUGGGUGUAACCAACAUAUAAUGAGCGGACUUUAGAUCAGAGCUCAGACCGGGAAAUAAAACUCAGUCAGUCGUCGUCGACAGCGAGUGUUGAAAUGGCGCAGAAAGGAGUUCAUCUGGACCGUGAGUCUCUCUCUUGUUCCAUCUGUUUGGAUCUUCUGAAGGAUCCAGUGACUCUUUCCUGUGGACACAGCUUCUGCAUGAGCUGUAUUCAAUCCCACUGGGAUACUGAGGAUGAGAAGAAGAUCUACAGCUGUCCUCAGUGCAGAGAGACUUUCAGACCGAGGCCUGUCCUGAAGAAAAACACCAUGUUAGCAGGUUUAGUGGAGGAAGUGAAGAAGAGUGGACUCCAAGCUGCUCCUGAUGGUUCCUCUGAGGCUGGACCUGAAGAUGUGGCCUGUGAUUUCUGCAGUGAGAGAAAACUGAAAGCUGUCAAGUCCUGUCUUCAAUGUCUGGUUUCUUACUGUCAGAUUCACCUCCAGCCUCAUUUUGAAUCACCUUCAUUUAAGAAACACAAGCUGGUGGAGCCCUCCAAGAAGCUCCAGGAGAACAUCUGCUCUCGUCAUGAUGAGGUGAUGAAGAUCUUCUGCCGCACUGAUCAGAAGUCCAUCUGUCAUCUCUGCUGUUUGGACCAACACAAAGGUCACGACACAGUCUCAGCUGCAGCAGAAAGGACUGAGAGGCAGAAAGAUCUGGAGGAGAGUCGAGAAAACAUCCAGCAGAGAAUCCAGGACAGAGAAGAAGAUGUGAAGCUGCUCCAACAGGAGGUGGAGGCUAUCAACGGCUCUGCUGAUGAAGCUGUGGACCACAGCCAGGAGAUCUUCACCCAGCUGAUCCGUCUGAUGGAGAAACGCCGCUCUGAGGUGGAGCAGCAGGUCAGAUCCCAGCAGGAACGUGAAGUGAGUCGAGUCAAAGAGCUUCAGGAGAAACUGGAGCAGGAGAUCACUGAGCUGAAGAGGAAAGACGCUGAUCUGCAGAAGCUCUCACUCACAGAGGACCACAACCAGUUUCUGCACAGCUACCCCUCACUGUCAGAACCGGGUCAACCUGCAGACUCAUCCAGGAUCAACAUCCGUCCUCUGAGAUACUUUGAGGAGGUGACAGCAGCUGUGUCAGAGCUCAGAGAGAAACUCCAGGAUCUUCUGACAGAGACGUGGACAAACGUCUCACAGGCAGUGACUGAUGUGGAUGUUUUACUGUUAGAACCAGGACCAGAACCAGCAGAACCCAAGAACAGAGCUGGUUUCUUAAGAUACUCACAAAGAAUCACACUGGAUCUAAACACAGCACACAGAUAUCUGUUAUUAUCUGAUGGAAACAGAAGAGCAACAAGAACAAGACAACCACAGUCUUAUCCUGAUCAUCCAGACAGAUUCACUGAUUGUCUUCAGGUCCUGAGUAGAGAGAGUCUGACUGGACAUUGUUACUGGGAGGUGGACUGGAGAGGGUACGGGGUUUUUGUAACAGUUGCAUACAAGACUAUCAGCAGAGCAGGAGACUCCCAGGAUUGUAGAUUUGGAUACAAUGACAAAUCUUGGAGGUUAUUCUGUUCUAAAGACAGUUAUCAAUUUGGUCACAACAAAGUCUGCACUGGUGUCUCAGGUCCUCAGUCCUCCAGAGUAGGAGUGUACCUGGAUCACAGAGCAGGUAUUCUGUCCUUCUACAGCGUCUCUGAAACCAUGACUCUCCUCCACAGAGUCCAGACCACAUUCACUGAACCGCUACAUGCUGGACUCGCAACUUUAGGCUCUGCUGAGUUUAUAGAAGUGAAAUAAAGAGAAUUUUGAGUCCAUCAGAGCAAAAUCAUGGACUGAGAUCCUUGAACUCUUGAAAUGUUCUGGUUUGUAAAUGUUUGUGGAUCAGUCUCACCAAAAACUCUGGGUUUAGUUCUUCAUUUCAGCUUUUUGAUUCUUUUCUAAAGAUGCUGAUUUGGUCGCAGCUUUAAGGACAGUGAUUGUGGAGAACUUUGAUUGUUUGUAUUUCUCAUGUUGAAAAAUCUUCAUCAAGUUUGAUAUCAACAACAUCAAGAUGAUGGUUUGUUCAAAUCACCUUCAGUUGGUGCAGAUGUUGAAGGUCUGAGACUUUAGAAAAAAGUGAGGUCAAAAUCACAGAAAAAGGACGACCUUAUUUCCUGUCCCAAAUCCAAGCGUCUAAAGUCUUUCCAGUCGUCCCCAAAAACUCUUCAGAUGAUCUGUUUCUUUCUCUGUUUGCUGAAUAUUUGUGUUCAUGUGAUCGAUGGAUAUUUCUGUCUGCUUCUGUUGGAUCAGUGUGUUUGUAAAGACAUCUAGAAUCAGACUUUGGACAGAUCUACAUGUUGUUAUGAGCUUUUAAAUCACUCUAAUAAUAAUAAUCACAUUUAUUAGUCCGACUGUUUGGAUGUUUCUGACUCAGCUCAGAUUGUGGUCAAGUCUUUGAUUGUGGGUGAAAACAAUAAAAAUCAUCAAACUGAGUCACUGAAAUCACCUCGUCUGUUUGUCUUGAGGGUUUAGUUAGUGUCCUUUAGCCUAUCGUCUACGAACACAGCAGAGCUCAAAGUCAAACUCUGUCCUGAAAGUUGAUAAAUGAUCAACCUAGCAAUAUUUCAACAUGUCAAUAACCUACCAAUAUCACUGUAGGCUCAAGUUCACACUAGUUAUAAAGCAAAUACAACACAAACAUCUGAAAAUGAAGCCAUAAAACGAAAUUUCAUAAGAAACUUUAUUGAAUAUAGACUCACAAUGGCAGUAAGUGCACUCUGCAGAUUCUAGAAGGUCAAAGAAGCAUUUCAAUAUGGAGCAAAAUCUUUAACACUGUUUAGUAUUGACGCUGUCUUUGUCUGGAUUUCUGCUCUCUAUGUAAUCUGAAUUCUGUGUCACUGCUAAUCCAAUGACAGGAUAUAAUUCCUGUUUGUGGAGUUCGGACAGGUUUGACGUUUGCAGAAAAAGACAAUUACUGUCUGUACAUUGUAUAUUUGUGCAGCAAACUCGAAUUUUAAGGCUUUUAUGCACAUCUAGGAGGUGUUAGUUCUAUGUAGCAAUGCAGAAAAAGUACAAAAUGAGUAUUUGAGCAGAAACAGUGAGAUGGUACCUGAUCUACACAACAUAACAGCAAAGUAUACAUAUUUAAUUAACAACUGAUCCAUGGUAGCACUGAUCUUAGAGUUUGAAAAAGAAGUCAGGGGGCAUAUUAGCAUCACAAAACACCAGAAGUCCAGCCCUCUUCGUUAGCCAGCUCCUUGUCUUUGUGGUCUAAAUUGUUGCUAUCCUGUUAAAUCUUGAAUUUCAGCUGAUCAGAUCUAAGCUCUUUAGACUCUCAGCUUCUCCUGCAAAUAUGGUCUCCCAAACGGUGCAAUUUUUAGCUUGUCCUGCAAAGGAAUCUCCAACCAAAUAACAAUAUUUCAGUUUCUCCUGCAAAAUAUCCUCCAAUUGAAGAUGAUGUUAGCUAAAGCGCUACCCUUAAAUAUUAUUUUCAGCUCCUCCCUCCUUUCCCCCGUCAUGUUAACAGGAUUUACACCAACACUGCAUGCCUUGCUUAUCAUGUUUUAAUUAAAGAGAUAAACCCCUUUGCUGCCACCUGCUGGCUGGUUGUGAGUACUGAUGUUAGUAAUUAUUGUUUUUUUAAGAUGCUUUCCUUUAAGACUGCGUCACAGCAUUGGUGCCUCAAGGUCUAACAUUUCAUUAACAGCUGAACCCGUGUUGCUGGGUUUUGGAAAGUUCAGGGGAAGAGAGAGAAUUCUUAAAGGCUACAGUUUUCUGCGAAGUUCUCUGACUCAGCAGAUUGUGAGGGUAACAGAGCUCUAAUGAGGUUAACUGUGAUUAUUACUGAAAUUAUAAUCCUUCAUUUUAGUGUUGCCCAACACUUCUGCUGAGCACGGAGAUGCUGAGAAACGCCUGCAGUGCUGUGUAUCUGUCUGCUGCUCGACUUUGGCUCUGAGAAAAAGGACGGAGAUUAAUGGCCUGUUGUGAUUAUGGCAGCCGUGUAAGUACACAAGGGCCAGUUUUUAAAAAGCACCCGGUUCUAAAUAAGGUCUGCCAUCCAUCUACGUCAGGAGCUCUACCCUUCACCGGAGUUUUUAGCAGCGUUACUUUAGUCUGACCACCACACAGCCAACUGUGGAGCUUCACUUUACUAACAUUUAACUGAUCUUAAAGGGAUAUUCCGGCGUAAAAUUAAUUUAGGGUCAAACACACCGUCACUCCGAGUUAGACACCCCCUCCAGAGAUGAAUGUUGUCGACCGCUUGCUUCUCCAGUUAUACCAACUUUAGUUACAUGAGAACAAAUGUUCUUCCUUGAGCUGCGUCACCCCGCUGUAGUCUGUAAUGGACUGGCCUGAGGUCUCUCUACAAACGAGCGGCUGCUGGAAGAGAGUGGGUGAGUUGUGUUUAGUCUCUUUGCUAAAGAAAUGAGUCAAAGUUAAAAAGAUGUUUGGUGUCUAGUACUAUGUCUGUGACCCUAUAUGUCCUGUUGAUGAAGUUAGGUGCUGUUCUGAGCAUUAUUUGUGGCUAUAGAGUGGCGUUUUGGUUGAGGUUUGUUAAUGGCUCCUCAGACCUCUCUGUAUUCCUAUCCUGCGGUCGUUACUAAAGUUGGUAUAAGUAGAGAAGCAAGCGGUCGACAACAUUCAUCUCUGGAGGGGGGUCUAACUCGGUGUUACACUACGUUUGACCCUGAAUUAAUUUUACAUGGAAUAUUCCUUUAACUCAUUCAGCGCCAAUGACAGAUUUUAAUGGAUUUUUCUGUUUUCUGUUUUCCGCCAGAGGGCGCUUCUCCCCAACAUGGGACUAAGUUUGGAGUCGUUCUGAGUGCAGAAAAGCCGACAAAUAUGUAAUAGCCAUGUUACAAGAACAAACACAAGUACUCACCAGUGUGAAGUGUGCCAUCAAGUGUGAUGCCAAUCAGCCAUGUUGUGGAGUGUUUUUUCUCUAUAAGGAGAGUCGGGGAAUGCCGAAGUCAUUAGCCAAGAGCUAACGGUCUCUGCGCAUCGGCUCCCGUGGGCGCAGUGCUAUCGUCUCUGGAUCCAGUGGAGAUCCCGGUACCGGACCUUCACAUCAUCAUCAGACAAUCAAAGAAAUAAUUUUCUGGUGCCGGUACUAGUGAGCGAGACUGAGCUGGAAUUCAGCGACAGUCCCGGCAAGGAGGACUCAAGCAAUCCGUGCAGUUUACAUCGCGGCGCCAGGUUCUCGAGGCCCCCAGCCGUCAAAAAGUGACCUAUCACAAUCGGAUUGCGAGAGUGAUGAGGAGUGGUGUUCGAGGAGGGAGGACCUUGAUGCCACCGGUAAAGUAGUUUAAAGUAAAAUGAAAUAGACGAUCAGAGUUCUGCUUGAAAGUCUCUCCUUCAUAAGAAUGUGUUUUUCUCAGGUUUCUUUUUCCAGAUCGGCAAAGAUGAUAUGACCACGCUGCAAUGAGCAGGUGAUAAGUAAACACAGGAGUGGGUUAGAAACUAACUUUUUUCUCUGGUGAAAGAAAAGAAUCUCCUCUUUCUUUUGAGAUAUUGCACUUAAUUCUAGUCCAAACACAAGAUAUUCUGAGGGUUUUUAAAGAUACAGGAAAUUCUAUUGUGGUCAAUGCUGGCACUGGGUGAAAAUUACCUAAAUGAACCUGGCACUGAAUGAGUUAAUGUCCAAAUGCCUGGUGUAGAACCAAACAACUGCAUGAAUAGUUUUAAAUCAAAAAGUGAAAUUUCCGAUAUUUGAGCUGAUUCAGUCUGUCCUUUGCGGUUCUGAUCGACCUGCGUCUGAACCAAUCAUAUCGGUUCUGGUUGUUCUAAAAACAAAAGGGGGUAGAUGGAGAACCAGGACUCUCGAAAACCACAAUGUAAUUAUUCUGAGAGCUUUCCAAACUCCUCAGAGGAAGGCAGAGAGGUUGAGUCUGCGACGGGACUCGUCCUUUGUGUGCAGGUCCUGUCACCGUAAUGAAUAGCUCAUUGAAUAAUUCAUACUGGGGCACAAGUCAAAAACAUAAGCUAAUAUGUUUUUCAGAGUAUGAUGGAUGAGCGGAGUCCUCGGCACAAUGGAUAAUAUUUGCUCUAAACGACCGAAACAUGAGGUGAAAUGUUAAUGGACAGUUUAGUUUGGGAGGAGGUUGUAUUCAGAGAGAAUCUGCAGGUUUUAUCGAAACUCAAGAGGAUGUUUUCUGAUCGAGACGGUGAAGAGAGGUAAAAAUAUUCAACCUGAUAAAGCUGCAGGUACGAAAUUUAAGUUCAGGAAAGUUUAAUCGUGCUCAACACUUUUAUAAACAACUCAGUUUGAUAAUAAAUUUAAGCUUAUUUGUUCUUCUAAGGCGAGGUUAUAAAAAGGAAAAAAAGAGUCUUAAUGUUGUGAGAAUAAAGUUAAAGAAUAAAUGAUAAAGUUCAGAUUUUGGUCUUUGCACAAGAGAGAGUAAAUCUCGAAUUUGUCUAAAAAUGGUUAAAUAUCAGAGUUUUAACAAAUAAAGGGACUUUAAAAUCUUGAAUUUGUCACAACGCAGGGUUGAACGAAGGAAAAGGACCCGAAAAUGCAGACAAAAAAAGGGUUUAUUAAAAAGAACUAAAUGAAAAGCAACAAAAACAAAAAUCCCAAAGGCAAAAUCCAACAAAAGACGCUGGAGGAAAAAAACACAAGGAGACUAACUUUGCUGUAUUUACAGCGUCGUGAUGAGAAUCAAAUGACGCCAGAUCGACGACUCAUCGCAGAGACAGAACAUGUUUUGAUGGUGUCGGGCUAAAAAAUCCAGAAAAAAAAUCAAAUUAAAACACAAAAGAUUUUUUUAGUGUGUAAAUGAAUGGACCUGUAGUCUGUAGUGUCGUUGCAGUUUACCAGGGCACGGUAGACUUGUCCAUACCAGAAACCAGCUAAACCAGGUCAACCGGUAAUAUCAUCAUAACAUCAUGCAUACUGCUAUCGUACACAGAAGGAGGCCAAUUCAAAAACAGUCAGGGACUGUAUACGCACACUGGGAAAUGAGCAACAGGUGAGUCAGACGAGACACAGGUGAGACUCAUGAGUGAUAAAUAAAGGAGGGAAAACUAGGUAGGUAGGGAUUGGCAGACGGCAAAAAUCGCCGCCGUUCCGGAUGCGGUGAAAACUGGGGGUAGAGGGAAACAUGAUGGUACUAGCAGACCAAUCACAGCGCUUGUAAUCUUUAUUAUAAUAUAUCUAUAUUUAAGAGGAGGUGUACUCAGGCUUUGUGCAGGUACAGGGUUAUAAAAACACACAGUUGAGUCUCCAUCUCUGGAUCCAUUUAAGAGGAUUUAUGUCAGCUCGUCAUUCCUCAAAUUUCUACAUGCAAAAAUCACUCUGUGGGGAGCGACGAGGACAGAUGCCAAACACAAUGUUCUGCAGCAGCAGCAGCAGCAGCAAACAUUUCCAACCAUAAAAACAGGAGUUUUCUGACACAACACGAGAAGGAGAGGUUUUAAUGAAUGCACGGCGGCACAGAUGUGUGGUUUCUGCGGAUCAUGAUUAUUUCAAUUGAACUCGGAUUGAACCUCAUGAAUAGGAGAAAAAUAUUCACGGGUUUUAAAGAGCAUUUUUGAAGCUGAUAGAAUAAUUCAUCAGAGAUCAGAUGCAAAUAUUUUAUCUGAGCUGAACAAGCAGAGAAGCGUGGAAAUGGUGGUUUCAUUUGUUGGAGAGCUUAUAAACGUGUCUGCCAUCAGGACGUGUAUCGCAGGUUUAUUACUACAUCAUGUUAUUGCAAAGAGAAACUUCACCUGCAGGUCUUGACUGGACUAACAACUUCCCGGGGAUCUUUACUGAGGUGUUUAUCGCUGCAGCACUUGGUCUUGUGUAGCUAUCACUCUGGACUGUGCAGAACUAAUGAAUCAUCUCCCCCCGCCGUGACAAACCGUGGAGCUGAAUCACAUAUCGGUCCUCAGCUCAGGGUGCAGAGGGACCUCCUGCCCGGACUGCUUCUCGUCAGGACACGAGGACACACUGCCCUGCUGCUGAACAGCCGUGUGAGUUAGUUCAGUCGUGGCAGGGAAGGUUGCCGAGGUUUUCAGCUGCAGAGAGAGAGUGAUGGUGGAGAACUCUGCACAGACAGAAGACACGAUUCUCUGCAGGAGGACGUCUGAAGCUCAUUGUUGGAGCUGGAUCUCAGUCAAAUAAGAGCUCCUCCCUCAUGAGCGCUAAUUCACAAAGAGGUUCAUUGAAAGCAGGCGCCAUCUUUUUCAUCUCCCCCUUGAUUUCAUUUAGGACGGAUUAUUUAAUCAAUGAACUCUCCUGGUUUUUUUUAGGGCUUCAGAGUUUGUAACUUUAUCUGCAGCUGUGGUCACUCAGUCAUCAUCAGUCUGCAGAAAAAUCCAUCUUCUCUCCAGUGUGCUGAUAUCGAUGAAGACUGCUGGAGGUUCUACCUCUCCUUCUCUGUCCUCCAUCUGUCGGCAUCAUUAACUUUCCCAGGAUUUCCACUGCAUCCGAUUUUCGCCAUACGCCAAUCCUACCAGCUGGUUGUUCAUCUCUAGAUGUCAGCCCUGCGAUGAACCGGCGACUUGUCAAGGGUGUCCCCUACCUUCCCCUGAAGAUGCUGGGAUAGGCUCCACCCCCCCAGCGACCCCAGAAAUGGAUCACAGGCUGCAGGUUGAACAUGUAACAUUCAGUCGUUUAACGGUUUUUAGAUGAUGUCCUUUAGCUUCAUGAUCGCGACAGCCUCUCUCUUUUACCGGCUUUUUCUGUCCCUUUGCUUUUCAGACUCACUCGCCUCCUGCUCUCCUCUCUCCUCCUCCUGCUCUCCUUUAGUGUUUUAACCCUCUUAUUUAUGAAUAAACAGGGUCAGGUCACAUUGCAGGUCUCAGAUGGAGCAGAUCGGGUUAACUGAACUCACUGAGAAACCAUCAAAUAAACCUAAAGAGAAAAAAGCUGUUAUUUCAGGGCGGGUGUUUAUUCUGCUUCAAACAGCUCAGUGUGAUCAUUUCUGUUGGAUAAAUCACGGAGAGCAUCCCCUUUCAAACGGUUUCCACAUUCCCUUCAUAAAAUAUAAACCAUAUUUACUCUAAAAUACUGUUUUUAUUUGCCAAGUGGUUUUCCCCGUGUGGAUUGUUUGCCGGUGCAAAGUUCCUGACAGUCUGUGUUUUAUUCAUGCAGUCGAAGUGAACUCUCUCUGACUUGAUCUUCACUUCGGUUCACUGUGAGCUAUCGCGGGGUCGUAUCUACAUCAAAUCUCCACUUAAUGGACCAAAAAAAAAAACCUCUUAAAAAGCGUUGGAGAUAACCUCACAGCGGGGUCAGGGUUCUUGGAGAGCGAGCUCGUGACUCACUGAGUUAUAGUCCCCGCCCACACACCUUCUGUUAACAGCCCCUUUAAAAAGGUUAUGAUGUAUAUUUGAUAAUGUGUUGGCCCUCUCUUUGCACACACUACCUCACCCGAUCCUCAAUGAAACAUUCAUACAGUCGCUCCAUUUACAUACCAAGAUAUUCAGCACUGCUAAAUUUAGUCAUAGGACACACCUCCAGUUCUCUCUUCACCACUUUUCUUCUUUUCUUCACCCUCACAGUUUGACUCCACCAACCCGACGCCGUCCUUGUUGUUCUGCGAGGUGACGCUCUGCAGCCUGAAGUACAAAAAAAGGCGGUUUCCGAGUGAAAACGUCUCCAAGAAUACACUUUCAAAGCGGGUAAAGACACACCUGUUCUCAGAGAGAGAUUUACAUCUUUGUCCUGAAGCUGGAGAACGUCGGAUGAUUCUCAUACAUCCAGUCUGGAGGAGAUGUUUGACUGCGUGACGUUUCAUGAGGACCGCAUUUCCAAGUUCGUUUUUAGGAGUUUUUGGUAAGUUGUAAGUUGUGGCUGGAGAUACUGGAGCUGGAUUUGCAAAAUAACGACUGUCUCAAAAGUUUAUUCAUUGAUCUAUUAAACAAACACUUUGUCUCACCGCCUUAGUUCAUCUCCUUCAUCGUCAUUGGAUGAUUUCACAGGUUUUGGUAACAUAUAUAUAUAUAUAUAUAUAUAUAUAUACUGCCAUCAAGAUAAAGACAAACCACGUUCUGCAGGGAUUACAAUCAGGGAUGUCCUGAUCCGAUAUUGAUAUCCGAGAUCGGUCGAUAUCAAUAUCGGACCAGUAUCCAACAUCAAUAUCAGACUGAUAUCCGAUAUCCGAUAUCAGAUAUUGCAGUGUUUCCCCCUUUCUACUUGCACCGUGUGAGCCCAACAAUACGUCUUUAUUUUCGACUUGUUUUGAGUCAUCAACGAGCGCAUCAAAUCCUGUCUGACCCUCUUCCAUUAAUGUGAAAGGUAACGAUCAAGCUUAUACACGGUCUAUAAAGCGAGUCUCAUGGGUAAAGUAAAGAAACGUCAACGUAACAGCAUAGCUCCAUGAGUGACAAGAGAGCAAGAGAGUGAGGCGAACAAGCGCUGCUGCUGACAAACAUCAAAGGGAAAAACUCUGUAUUGGUCCGAUAUCAGCAAAUAAUCAAAUAUAGGAUUAUAUCAGCCAGCAUCUAAAAUCUCCGAUACAAGCAGUCCAUUCCAGACUCCGCUCCGGCACUUCUAUCCAGCAGCGCCUGGAUCCAGCAUGUAGAGCCCAUGUGAUCACAACAACAACAACAGUGUGUACUAAGGUACUAAAGAUGUUGCAGCUGAGUGCAAAACUUGUCAUGUGCACUUUUAUGCCAAUAUCGGAUCAAUAUCAGUAUCAGCCAAAACUGAAGGCUACAAUAUCGGUAUCAGAUCAGAAGUAAAAAAGCCGUACAGGUACACCCCUGAUCACAACAGCAUGGCUCUGUAGUAGAAGAGUCCUGCUGACGAACAUACGACAAAAAAGACUUCAAAGUCAAACAGCUGAAAUCAAGAAUUUAAACUUAUAAGAUGUAGUUUUUGUAUUUCUUUAAAAUUUAACUUGAUGCUUAAAUGAUUUCGAAAACAUCUGAUUCUGUUUCGACUGAAAGACCGGGUCAGUACAGAAUCCAGAAUCCUCACCGGAACCUCUCAGACUCACAUAAAACUGCUGCUGCUGCCUUGUUUCAGAGAAACUCUGAGGGGUUGGGUUUUAGUGCGUUUGUGUGGGCAGAAACAAACUUUGCAGACACCCACAACUUUUAUUUUUAUUGGGGGAAGAAAACUGACAUCAGCAGAGACCUGCUGCAGUUAACUUCAGGGCACUUUAUGACAGACCUCGCCGCGGCUGCUAACUAUUCGAUGGUUAAAUUCUGCCUCUUCCUCCUUCGCUGAAACAUGUCCUGCCUUUACCGUGAGCCGGCCCUCCUGGGUUUACACGCUGACUAAAACGCUCUUUUGUUGCAGGGUGAAGAUGAAAAUGUUCUGCAGAUGUUGCACCAAUAAAUCCACUGUAAAAACUCUCCUCUCAGUUUCUCCGCCUGCUGCAGAGAGAUGGAGGUGUUAUGAAACAGCAGCCCCUCAGGCGCAGACAUGCAGCAGGCCCCCAAACCCUCCCACAUAAAUAAGAGCGAAACUCAGAGAGACGGAGAAACAGAGGCAUCGCUAAUGUGGAGACUUUGUUUUUAUGUCGAACUAACUCUGCGCUGACGGGGACCUGUGCAAGUUUGUGAAAAUCAAUUUCAGAGAAAUAGCCCAGAGUGAAACGAUUUGGACACCCUGAAUUAAUCACGGCUGUAAAGUGGAAACUCUCAGCGUUGAAUUGCUCUGCAUGAAGCGCCUUUGUCCUCCUGUAACCAUUCACAAUUGUUUUAUUUUUUUCUCUCUUUUACAUAAGCGUCUUAUUCUACUCCACCAGCUGCCAGGGGCCCGCGGUCUUUACCUCACAUGCACCGCAGCGAGGACUAAAUUUAGUGCUGCUUUUUUCCAGGAAGCUGUCAGGCUCCUGACGCACGGCUCAAACUGUCAAGCAGGCAAAUUGCAGUUAAAAGGAAACGUGAGGAAAGAGAAAUCUGUGAUUUAGAGAGAUAGGGUCCAAACUGAGGUCAGGAGGAAAGCCUUUAAAACACACGUCCACGUCAUGAAUGUGCGGCGAGGACCAUCAACAAGGUGGAGACGAUUUAGUAAUUACAGCUGUGGCCAAAAUUAUUAGCCCCCCCGAUGAAAUUUGAGCUUUUCCAAACAUCCUAGUUUUAUUUUGGAUCCUUACAUUAUUUGACUUUGCAGACAGAAACAAAAUUAUUUCACAAAACACAAAAACUACCAGGGUAAAAAUUAUUAGCCCCCUUGAUGGUGGGGUAGACAGGAAUCCGUUAAAGAAGCGUCAACAAAAAAUCUUUUAAUAUCAGUCAAUAGUUAUUAGUUAUUGAUGACAUUUGGUAAUAUAUCGAUAUCUCUGUGUUCUCUUAUGUCUGUGUCGUCAACAUUUGAACAUUUUUGAGCGGUCCGCUCUUUCUGACUGUAAACAAAGCCGUUCUCCACCUCCUCUAACCUGAUUGGUUGUGAGGCAGACGCUGCUCCCCCGUGUCGUUCAGGAGCCCAAACAAAGUUAGCGUGCUACAAUAUCGGACAGUAGAAACCAACCAGAAAGUUCGGAAAAUUGUCUGAAUCCUCCUUUGGCCACGACUGCCGACACAAGCAAGAAAACACUCAAACAUAAUCAGUCAACAAGAAAACAGACAACACCAAAAGAGUCAACAAGAAAACAAUCAACAAGAAAACAGUCAACCAUAAACAGUCAACACCAAAACAGUCAACAAGAAAACAGUCAACAAGAAAACAGUCAACAAGAAAACGCUGCUCCCCCGUGUCGUUCAGGAGCCCAAACAAAGUUAGCGUGCUACAAUAUCGGACAGUAGAAACCAACCAGAAAGUUCGGAAAAUUGUCUGAAUCCUCCUUUGGCCACGACUGCCGACACAAGCAAGAAAACAAAGUAAAUACCGGAGACUCUGGAGGAAUAACGGGCGCUUAAAACGGAGGUAGACCGGACAAGAGCUAAAAAGCCGGGUCAACAUAAACGAUGGGGGACGCUUGGGGAUCUUGGUGACCCUGUAACCUUUCUGCUGGACAGGUAAACCGCUUUAACAAAGUAAGACAAGUGUCUGUAACAGAAGUGUUUCUUGUCAAACGGACCUGCUGUAGCGUGUUGUAGCGCCAUCGCUAAACUGUCCUCCCUCGGGUCCUGGACUAUGUCACUUUAUCCUCGUUGUAGAAGUCCUGCAAACAUUGUGUUUGCUGGUAGUCUGUUGGCAUCUACAGUAGCACCAAUGCUUUUGACUUUCACCUUGACUGGGCCCCAUUUGUAAUGAUCUGAAGUAUUUAUCUGCAUUAUAUCUGAAUUUAACUGGAACGAUACGAGCGAGCAGGAGCGUCUGUUUGUGGGCGGGGCUUGCUGGAGCAGAGAGGGAGGAGAGAGAGAGAGUGUUUCUCUGUGUUGUAUCUCUAACUCUGUGUCUCUAAAACAGUUGAAGUGUGUUUCUGCUCGAUGAGGUUUCUAUGAGGUGAAUAAAUGUUGGUUCAGUUGAUCUUCAGGACGGCUGCAGCUUUAAGAACUUCUGCUUGUUGGAGUUUGAGAGUCUAAAGUUCACAGAGACACUCCUCGUCCUGGAUUGUAGACAAACUGGAUCCCCCCUCCCUCCUCUCUCACAGCUCACUCCACUCUGCACUCUCACUUCCUUGUUUCCUUCCCUGCCUUCCUUCCUCCCCCUCAGAUCUACAGCCUAAAGGUUGGGUGUAACCGCUGUGUGCUGAGCUGAUCCUGCUGACUGACACAUGUUGUUGAGAUCAGAGCUCAGACUAGUUUCACUUCUCAGGAAAUAAAUCUCAGUCAGUCGUCGUCGACAGCGAGUGUUGAAAUGGCGCAGAAAGGAGUUCAUCUGGACCGUGAGUCUUUCUCUUGUUCCAUCUGUUUGGAUCUUCUGAAGGAUCCGGUGACUGUUACCUGUGGACACAGCUUCUGCAUGAGCUGUAUUCAAUCCUACUGGGAUACUGAGGCUGAGAAGAGGAUCUACAGCUGUCCUCAGUGCAGACAGACCUUCAUACCGAGGCCUGUCCUGAAGAAAAACACCAUGUUAGCAGGUUUAGUGGAGGACCUGAAGAAGAGCGGACUCCAAGCUGCUCCUGAUGGUUCCUCUGAGGCUGGACCUGAAGAUGUGGCCUGUGAUUUCUGCAGUGGGAGAAAACUGAAAUCUGUCAAGUCCUGUCUUCAAUGUCUGGUUUCUUACUGUCAGAUUCACCUCCAGCCUCAUUUUGAAUCACCUUCAUUUAAGAAACACAAGCUGGUGGAGCCCUCCAAGAAGCUCCAGGAGAACAUCUGCUCUCGUCAUGAUGAGGUGAUGAAGAUGUUCUGCCGCACUGAUCAGAAGUCCAUCUGUCAUCUCUGCUGUUUGGACCAACACAAAGGUCACGACACAGUCUCAGCUGCAGCAGAAAGGACUGAGAGGCAGAAAGAUCUGAAAGAAAACAUCCAGCAGAGAAUCAAGGACAGAGAAGAAGAUGUGAAGCUGCUCCAACAGGAGGUGGAGGCUAUCAACGGCUCUGCUGAUAAAGCUGUGGAGCACAGCCAGAAGAUCUUCAACCAGCUGAUCCGUCUGAUGGAGAAACGCCGCUCUGAGGUGGAGCAGCAGGUCAGAUCCCAGCAGGAACGUGAAGUGAGUCGAGUCAAAGAGCUUCAGGAGAAACUGGAGCAGGAGAUCACUGAGCUGAAGAGGAAAGACGCUGAUCUGCAGAAGCUCUCACUCACAGAGGACCACAACCAGUUUCUGCACAGCUACCCCUCACUGUCAGAACCGGGUCAACCUGCAGACUCAUCCAGAAUCAACAUCCGUCCUCUGAGAUACUUUGAGGAGGUGACAGCAGCUGUGUCAGAGGUCAGAGAGAAACUCCAGGAUCUUCUGACAGAGACGUGGACAAACGUCUCACAGGCAGUGACUGAAGUGGAUGUUUUACUGUUAGAACCAGAACCCAAGACCAGAGCUGAUUUCUUAAGAUAUUCACAAAGAAUCACACUGGAUCCAAACACAGCACACAGAUGGCUGAAAUUAUUUGAUGGAAACAGAAGAGCAACAUGGACAGAACAACGACAGUCUUAUCCUGAUCAUCCAGACAGAUUCACUGAUUGUCUUCAGGUCCUGAGUAGAGAGAGUCUGACUGGACGUUGUUACUGGGAGGUGGAGCGGAGAGGGGGUGGGGUUGGUGUAGCAGUCGCAUACAAGACUAUCAGGAGAGACGGGAACUCAGAGGAUUGUAAAUUUGGAGAAAAUGACAAAUCUUGGAGGUUAUUCUGUUCCAAAGACAGUUAUCAAUUUGUUCACAACAAAGUCUGCACUCGUGUCUCAGGUCCUCAGUCCUCCAGAGUAGGAGUGUACCUGGACCACAGAGCAGGUAUUCUGUCCUUCUACAGCGUCUCUAAAACCAUGACUCUCCUCCACAGAGUCCAGACCACAUUCACUGAACCUCUACAUGCUGGACUGAUGUUAGGCUGGUUUGGAGACUCUGCUGAGUUUAUAGAAGUGAAAUAAAGAGAAUUUUGAGUCCAUCAGACCAAAAUCAUGGACUGAGAUCCUUGAACUCUUGAAAUGUUCUGGUUUGUAAAUGUUUGUGGAUCAGUCUCACCAAAAACUCUGGGUUUAGUUCUUCAUUUCAG